AUGAAAAAAUCUACACUGAAUAAUUAUCUAUCUAUCUCAGUCUGUUCGUAUCUAUCUAUCUAUCUAUCUAUCUAUCUAUCUCAGUCUUCUUUCUGUCUAUCUCAGUCGGUUCAUAUCUAUCUAUCUAUCUAUCUAUCUAUCUAUCUAUCUAUCUAUCUAUCUAUCUCAGUCUGUUUCUAUCUAUCUAUCUAUCUACCUAUCUAUCACAGUCUCUUCAUAUCUAUCUACCUAUUUCGGUCUGUUCAUUAUCUAUCUAUCUAUUUCAGUCUCUACAUAUCUAUCUACCUAUUUCGUCUGUUCGUAUCUAUCUAUCUAUCUAUCUCUCUAUCGAUCUAUCUAUUUCAGUCUCUUUAUAUCUAUCUACCUAUUUCGUCUCUUCGUAUCUAUCUAUCUAUCUAUUUCAGUCUCUUCAUAUCUACUUAUUUCGGUCUGUCCAUUAUCUAUCUAUCUAUCUAUCUAUCUAUCUAUCUAUCUAAUACUAAAAUUCUGCUAUCUGACGAUUAUAUCUAUCUAUCUAUCUCCCUAUCUAUCCAUCCAUCCAUCCAUCUAUCUAUCUAUCUAUCUAUCUAUCUAUCUAUCUAUCUAUCUAUAUAUGUUCGGAUUAAAGCCCAAUUUUACAGAUAUGCCCCUCCAUCAGUGGAAUUCUUUUUCUGCUCGCUGCUCGCGUAUGGUCGCUUGAAUACGAAACGGUUGUCGAAAUUUUCUCUUCAAAUUUUCUUCUUUCAUUAUUUUCUUUCCCAUAAAUAUUUAUUACGUUGGAUAUCUUUCUUUGUUUGUUUUAUUUUUCUUCCUGCUUUUCAUUCUUUUGUUUUUCCUGUUUUCCAUUCUUUUCUUCCUGCUUUUCAUUCUUUUUAUUUUCCUGCUUUUUAUUCUUUUUUCUUCUUACCUUUUUCCGUUUUUUCCUUGGUUCUUUCUUUCUUUCUUUCAUUCUUUCAUUUUAACGUCUUUCUUUUUUAUUCCCUUCUAAUUCUAAUACCUACUUUCGUUUGUUCGUUCGUUCGUUCUUUCUUUCUUUCUUUCUUUCUUUCUUUCGUUUUAAAUUCUUACUUCUACCCCAUUUUUUCCUUCAUUUCCCACUUCUUUCUUUCUUUCUUUCUUUCUUUCUUUCUUUCUUUCUUUCUUUCUUUACUCCCUACUUUCCCUGCUUAUUUUUCUUUCUUUUUUCUUUAUUUACUGCUUACCUUCCCCGGCUUCUUUCUUUCUUUCUUUCUUUUCUUUCUUUCUUUCUGGCUUUCUUUCUUUAAUUGCAAUAUCUUCUUUCUUCUGCCUUUCAUUUUAAAUUCAUUCUUCUAUCCCAUUUUUCUCUUCUUUUCCCACUGCUUCAUUUCUUUAUUUCUUUUUCUUUCUUUCUUUACUCCCUACCUUCCCCAGUUGCUUUCUUUCUUUCUUUCUUCCUCCCUCUUGUUUGUUUGUUUCUUUCUUUCUUUCUCUCUUUAA